GACCAUCAAGCUGUUUUGUAUUGGUCGAUGAAGGUGUAAACAUGAUGACUUUCAGCACUCCAUAUUUCCCCUUUUCCGCAAAUGAUUCAGCCAUCUUUGUUACAUAUUCCAGUACAAUAUAAACCGAAAAGCAACCAAAACUAGAAGUUAAAGACACAACUUUAUACUCCGAGUAACUAGUAAAUUAGAUAGAGAACCAAACAAGAUGAAAUCCAGUAAAUUAUAUGUUAUUCUAGGCCUUACUUUUGCGUAUUUUUCUGUUGUACAAACAAAUGAUUACCAAUGGAGUCGAGGCACUAAACAGUACGUGAACCAGAAUCAGUACGGAGGUGUCCCCACCGGUCAGGCAUACUCACCCCCUGGUGCUUCCUACGGGACAACCUACUCCGGAUCCUAUUCUAACGGUUAUUUGGGAAAUGGAUACGGAUCUACACAGCUGUCCUCCCCAAACAUAGGGGUCGUGUUACCCCAGACAUUUGGCUAUGGAUUCAUGGGAUAUGAUAUUUAUUCACUUCUCGGUAAUGGGUUUUACAACAUGAUGGGGUAUGCUCUCCCUCAGAUUUACGGACUACAGAGUAUUCCUUAUCUUCAUCCGCACGCGUUGCUGCAAAUGCAGUACAGUAACUUGUACGGGUACCAAAUACACCCAUUCCAGCAGCUGAAUGGACACCUGGAUGUCUAUCAGAGGUACGGUUACCAAAGCCCGUUCGGGGGGUACACCCAUCCCUUUGGGGGAUACACAAAUGGUCUGUGGGGAUUCUCCCCGAUAGGCGUCCCCAUGCCCGGACUUCUAGGCCCUAGAGGAAACCCCAUGUUUGGAUACAAAGAACCGGGAUUUCUUGAGCGUUUAGGAUUCCAUGGAGUUUCCAAAGACAUAGUGACUGUGUUAGGUGGCGCUGUUCUGUUUGCUGGCCUGUUAAAACUUGGAUAAAGUGGAACUUAAAUAAGACCUUCCCGCCUAUCCGUCUGUCUGUUACCCGUAAGAGAAAUCAACAGUGUGUUGGAUAAUAGACUUUUAUGAUUGCUUUAAUUUUGUAAUUAUAACAAAAAUAUUGUACAUAUGUAUAUGUAUUUUUUCACACUUAUGAUAGACAUUUUAUAUAUCUAUAAACAUUUAUACGAAUUGUACCUUUUCACAUUCCUUCUUUAUUCUAA